GAACCUCCUCUGUAAAAGCUGGUCCCAGGAAAAGGCAUCUGCAGUCCACCUCAGCCACCACUCCAGUGGUUUUGCCGUCAGUACCCACCGAGCUCUUCGACGUAGUGCAUGUGGUAAACUUUGUCGCGAAAGUAACCAGUUACAACCGGCUCAUUGAUUUCCUCAUUUUUAACGAUUUCCCCAAGUAAGCCGUAUCAAUUUGCAAACUGGGUUUCAAAUUUUUAAACGCGAUAAACAUAGGUGUCUGUGAUUUUUCCGCUGUGAUUUACUCCGGUGCCUUGUACGACGCGAAGUUCACCAAGAGUCUGUCUCCAGGACGGCGACGGUAGUUUCAGGAAACUCGCUGUCUAAACGGACACGGCGCUUAGACCCCUAACAGUUUCAAAUCGAGGAGGGUGAUCGCGGCCAAGAAAUGACCGCGUCCCCCGACAAUUCGGGCGCUGAUAGGAAUGGCGCAAACAAGCGCAACGACGACGGGGUUUACACAGUAUCGGUAACUGGCGGCUACGACAAUCAAGGCUUCAAAGGCGAUGGAAACAACGACGACCCCAAGAAACCACCACGAGAAAUAACCGACGAAGAAGCCUCCCAACAGGGAAAAUUCAAAUUACCCACCAAAGAAAAAUGGAGAAUAUUGAAAAAUGUCUCAGCUAUAUCAUGUGCCUUCAUGAUUCAAUUCACAGCCUUCCAGGGCACGGCAAACUUGCAAAGCAGUAUUAACGCUAAGGACGGUCUUGGUACUGUAUCUCUUUGUGCUAUAUACGCGGCGCUCGUCGUUAGUUGUAUCUUCGUACCUACAUUUUUAAUUAAAAAAUUAACCGUAAAAUGGACCCUAUGUUUGUCGCUGAUGUGUUACGCUCCUUACAUCGGAUCGCAGUUUUAUCCCAAAUUUUAUACUCUCGUACCUGCCGGUGUGUUACUGGGUAUCGGUGCUGCACCUAUGUGGGCGUCAAAGGCUACGUACUUGACGCAAGUCGCUGGGGUUUACGCAAAGCUCACCGACCAAGCUGUUGACGGUAUCAUCGUAAGGUUCUUCGGAUUCUUCUUCUUGGCCUGGCAGACUGCAGAACUUUGGGGAAAUUUGAUUUCUUCUCUGGUUUUAAGUACCAGCGCACAUGGAAGCAGUAGUUCUUCAGGCAAUUCGUCGAACUAUGAGGGGUGUGGUGCGAAUUUUUGCCAAUCUUUAAUUAAUAGCAAUGACAAUCUGGAUAGGCCCGCUGAUAGCGAAAUCUAUGAAAUUUCCGGAAUUUAUUUGGCAUGCAUAGUAACAGCUGUAAUUAUGAUUGCACUCGUCGUAGAUCCUCUUUCGAGAUAUGGUGAGAAACAGGGAAGAAGGAGCAGCCAUCAGCAAGAAAUGACCCCCAUCCAACUUCUGUCGGCUACCGCUUAUCAGCUUAAGAAACCCUAUCAACAGUUGUUGAUUCCCAUAACGGUUUUUAUUGGAAUGGAACAAGCAUUCAUCGGUGCCGAUUUCACUCAGUCGUACAUUACGUGCGCUAUGGGGGUUUCCCAGGUUGGUUACGUCAUGAUCUGCUUCGGGUGCGUGAAUGCAAUAUGCAGUCUCUUAUUCGGUUCGAUCAUGAAAUAUAUCGGGAGAGCACCAAUUAUGGGUCUGGGAGUCCUUGUACAUACUGGUCUACAGUCGUGGAUGUUGAUAUGGAGGCCUCACCCUGAUGCUCCUAUGAAAUUCUUCAUGGCUGCCGGACUAUGGGGUGUCGGCGAUGCUGUGUGGCAAACUCAAGUUAACGGAUUAUAUGGUACUCUAUUCAGAAGAAACAAAGAAGCCGCAUUUUCCAAUUAUAGGUUAUGGGAGAGCGUGGGAUUCGUAAUUGCUUAUGCUUAUUCAACGCAUCUGUGUUGCCGAAUGAAACUUUACGUCCAACUGACGAUACUCCUUGCUGGAUUUAUUCUAUACGUUAUCGUAGAAAUUCACCACUUACAUAAAAUCAGGAGACAGAAGGCGAAAGAAAAGAAGGCCGCCGCACUGGAAGCGAGUAAACAACAAGUACCUCCAGAACCAGAAGAAACGGAUGAUGAAAAAGAUGAUAUCGACGAUGAAAUCAUUGUCACACAUUUAUAAACUAGGCAUUCCAAGUGAUUUAAAUGUACAUUCAUGCGCUGUGUUCAAGAUCCAAGGGACCAGUGUGUAUAUUUUUAUGACAUUUUUUUAUGAAAAUGCAUUGGAGAAGAUCAGUAUUCGCCCAUAUCAUACUGGUAUAAUAUAUUGUAUAUAAUAUUUCUGAUUAUUUAGCAACAGUUGUACGUAUAUUCAUGAGACUUAUAGCUAAGCACUCAUAAUAUCGUGUUACGGGAGUAUACGCAAUAUUUUUACAAUGUAGUUUUUAUCAUUACAUUAUCUGUGAUGGUAAAUUAUUAAGGAAUAAAACAAGAAAAUAGUUUUUUGAGUUACUGAUGAUGAUAAUAUUGUGCCUUAUACUUAAAUAAAUGGAAUUUCAUGUUUAAUUCUACUUUCAAGCUUGUUUGAUUUGUAUUAAUCUUUUGAUUUAAAUAUGUGCCAUUAUAAUCAAAAAGUAAUUAUUUUUGUUUUUGUAUAAGGUUAUUUGUGUUUACUGCAAUUGUCGCAAAGUAUUUGUUCAUUCACAAAAUGAGUGUUUCAACUAAUUUUUAUUCACAUUAAGCUAUACAUAUAUUAGGCUGUUUCUAGGAUACCCAAAUAUUUUCUUUUGGAUAUCCGUCGAUACAACAUAGUUAAUACCUACCUACGUGUUAUUAUUUUAUUUAUAUUUUAUUUUCCUGAUAAUUAUAGAUUCUGUACAGUAAUUAUAGAAAUUAGGUAUUAGUAGCAAAUAUUAUUAUAUAUUAGGAUGUUAUAGAAAUUUACUGAAAUUAUAAAGAUAUUCAGUAUUCGUGAGCAAUACUGUAACAAUAAAAACUUUAAGUUAUUGAUA